CCCCGCAAGACCACUUAGUCAGGGAAGGACUCAAGUCAAAGCCAAUGAAAAGCCGCUAUGUGGGCUGGACGCUUCAGGCAGGGUGGAGCCAAUGAGGGGUUGCGUGGCAUCCCCACUGUCCCCGCCCCCGUGGGUUGAGGAGCGCCUCAGCCAGAGGCAGCGGUUGGGGGCGGAGCCUGCAGCUGCCGCGCUCGUGGCUCAUGCCCUCCCCUUUGUGUCGCCAUGGCGGCAUCCGCGAAGAGGACAACGGCGAUCGAGGUGUCUAGCGCGGCCAGCACCUGAGGAGGCCACGAGACCAUGGUGGCUCGCAGCACUGACAGCCUAGAUGGCUCAGGGGAGGGCUCAGUGCAGCCCCUACCUCCGACUGGGGCACCCAGUGCGAAGGGGAAGGCUGGAAAGAGGCUCUCAGCUCCUCGAGGUCCCUUCCCUCGGCUGGCUGACUGUGCCCAUUUCCACUAUGAAAAUGUUGACUUUGGCCACAUUCAGCUCCUGCUGUCUCCAGAGCGUGAAGGCUCUAGCUUCUCUGGCGAGAAUGAGCUGGUGUUUGGGGUGCAAGUGACUUGUCAGGGCCGUUCCUGGCCAGUUCUCCGCAGUUAUGAUGACUUCCGCUCCCUGGAUGCCCACCUCCACCGGUGCAUAUUUGACCGGAGAUUUUCCUGCCUCCCAGAGCUUCCCCCACCUCCAGAGGGUGCCAGGGCUUCCCAGAUGCUGGUGCCACUGCUGCUACAAUACUUGGAGACCCUGUCAGGACUGGUGGACAGUAACCUCAAUUGUGGGCCUGUGCUCACCUGGAUGGAGCUGGAUAACCAUGGCAGGCGACUCCUCCUCAGUGAGGAGGCCUCGCUCAAUAUUCCUGCAGUGGCUGCUGCCCACGUGGUAAAACGGUACACAGCCCAGGCACCAGAUGAGCUGUCCUUCGAGGUGGGAGAUAUUGUCUCCGUGAUCGACAUGCCACCGACAGAAGAUCGGAGCUGGUGGCGGGGCAAGCGAGGCUUCCAGGUCGGUUUCUUCCCCAGCGAGUGUGUGGAGCUAUUCACAGAGCGGCCCUGUCCAGGACUCAAGGGGGAUGCUGAUGGUCCCCUAUGUGGUGUCCCAGCUUCCCAGGGUGUCUCCUCUCUGACCUCAGCUGUACCCCGGCCACGUGGGAAGCUUGCUGGCCUCCUGCGUACCUUCAUGCGUUCCCGCCCUUCUCGGCAGCGCCUGAGACAGAGAGGUAUCCUUCGGCAGAGGGUGUUUGGCUGCGACCUUGGAGAGCACCUCAGUAAUUCAGGCCAAGAUGUGCCCCAGGUGCUUCGCUGCUGCUCUGAGUUUAUUGAGGCCCAUGGGGUGGUGGACGGUAUCUACCGGCUCUCAGGCGUGUCAUCCAAUAUCCAGAGGCUACGGCAUGAGUUUGACAGUGAGAGGAUCCCUGAACUGUCUGGCCCCACCUUCCUUCAGGACAUCCACAGUGUGUCCUCCCUCUGCAAGCUCUACUUCCGAGAGCUGCCCAACCCCCUACUCACAUAUCAGCUCUACGGGAAAUUCAGCGAGGCCAUGUCAGUGCCUGGGGAGGAGGAACGCCUGGUGCGUGUCCAUGAUGUCAUCCAGCAGCUGCCCCCGCCACACUACAGGACUCUGGAAUACCUGCUGAGGCACUUGGCCCGCAUGGCAAGACACAGUGCCAAUACCAGCAUGCAUGCCCGCAACCUGGCCAUUGUCUGGGCACCCAACCUGCUACGGUCCAUGGAGCUGGAGUCAGUGGGGCUGGGGGGGGCAGCAGCCUUCCGGGAGGUGCGGGUGCAGUCAGUGGUGGUGGAAUUCCUACUCACCCACGUGGAUGUCUUGUUCAGUGACACCUUCACCUCUGCUGGCCUCGACACUGCAGGCCGCUGCCUCCUCCCCAGGCCCAAGUCCCUUGCGGGCAGUGGCCCCUCCACUCGCCUGCUGACUCUGGAGGAAGCUCAGGCUCGUACCCAGGGGCGACUGGGGACACCCACUGAUUCCACAGCUCCCAAGGCCUCAGCCUCACCUGCGGAAAGGAGGAAAGAGGAGAGAGGCGAGAAACAGCGGAAGCCAGCGGGUAGCAGCUGGAAGGCCUUCUUUGCACUGGGCCGGGGCCCCAGCAUCCCCCGAAAGAAGCCUCUUCCCUGGCUGGGGGGCAUGCGUGCCCCACCACAGCCUUCAGGUAGCCGACCUGACACAGUCACAUUGAGAUCUGCCAAGAGUGAGGAGUCUCUAUCAUCGCAGGCCAGCGGGGCUGGCCUCCAGAGGCUGCACAGGCUACGGCGACCCCACUCUAGCAGUGAUGCUUUCCCUGUGGGUCCCGCACCUGCUGGCUCCUGCGAGAGCCUGUCCUCCACCUCCUCCUCUGAGUCUUCCGAGUCCUCUGAGUCCUCCGAGUCCUCUGAGUCCUCAGCAGCUGGGCUGGGGGCACUCUCUGGUUCCCCCUCUCACCGAAACUCAGCCUGGCUAGAUGAUGGUGAUGAUUUGGACUUCAGCCCACCCCGCUGCCUGGAGGGGCUCCGGGGGCUCGACUUUGAUCCCCUUACCUUUCGCUGCAGCAGUCCUACUCCAGGGGACCCUGCACCUCCUGCCAGCCCAGCUCCCCCAGCCCCUGCUUCUGCCUUCCCACCCAGGGCAACCCCCCAGGCCUUCUCAUCCCGUGGGCCCACCAGCUCUGCCUCACCCACUGCCCUGGACAUCUCAGAACCCCUGACUGUAUCAGUGCCACCUGCUGUCCUAGAGCUGCUGGAGGCUGGGGGAACACCUGCCUCAGUCACCCCAACACCAGCACUCAGCCCCAACCCAGGCCUGCACCCCCAUCUCAUCUCCCUGUUGCCUCACGGAGCCAAAGCCCAGCUGAGUGAUACCUGCCAACAGGAGAUAUGCAGCAAGCUGGCACUACCUGGUCCCCAGGAAGCCCCAGGACAACAUGGGUCUGGCAUGGAUUUACCGCCGCUGCCCCCACCCCUAUCCCUCCUGCGCCCUGGUGGGGCCCCACCUCCACCUCCCAAGAACCCAGCACGCCUCAUGGCCCUGGCCCUGGCUGAGCGGGCUCAGCAGGUGGCCCAGAGACAGAACCAACAGGAGCAUGGGAGUGCCCCAUCUGCUCCCCACUCCCCUUUCUGCCGCCCACUGUCCCUGGCGGUGGGCAGUGAGCCUCUGGGGACCUCAGGGAGUGGGCCACCCUCCCACCCACUAGCACACCCUGGUGCCUGGGCUCCAGGACCCCCACCCUCCCUACCAAGGCAGCAAAGUGUUGGGAGCCUGGUGAGGAGCCCGCGGCCCAUGGGGAUCUCAAGGAGGGGAUGCAGAGGCCCUGCCCAGGUUCUUUCUUCUGUGAGAACCCCUGGCUGCUUCUCAGCUCCCCGGGAGUACCUGCCACCCUUUCUUGGGGUCCCCAAACCAGGCUUGUAUCCUCUGGCCUCCACAUCCUUCCAGCCCAGCUCCCCAGCCCCAGUAUGGAGGAGCUCCCUGGGUCCCCCUACACCACUUGACAGGGGAGAGAACCUGUACUAUGAGAUUGAGGCAGGUGAGGGCUCCUCCUACUCUGGCCCCACCCGGUCCUGGAGUCCUUUUCGCUCCAUGCCCCCAGAUAGGCUCAAUGCCUCAUAUGGCAUGCUUGGUCAAUCACCACCGCUCCACAGGUCCCCUGACUUCCUGCUCAGCUACCCACCACGCCCUUCCUGCUUUCCCCAUAACCUGAGCUAUUCAGCCCCUCAGCACUCUGCCCGGUGCCCCACUCAGCCUGAGCCCCUCUAUGUGAACCUAGCCCUAGGGCCCAGGGGUCCGUCAUCCACCUCUUCCAGCUCCUCUUCCCCUCCUGCCCAUACCCGUAGCCGUUCAGAUCCUUGCCCCCCAGCCCCCCGCCUCCCCCAAAAACAGAGGGCCUCCUGGGGCCCCCCUACACCUCACAGGGUGCCUGGGCCCUGGGGCCCUCCCGAGCCUCUCCUGCUCUACAGGGCAGCCCCACCAGUCUAUGGUAGGGGGGGUGAGCACCACCGAGGGUCCUUGUACAGGAAUGGGGGCCAGGGGAGGGAGGGGGCUGGUCCCCCACCCCCUUUCCCCACUUCCAGCUGGUCCCUCCACUCUGAGGGCCAGACCCAAAGCUACUGCUGAGCCAGAGCGGAGACCUUUCUCUCUUCUCUCUCAUUGAUCUUGGCCCAACCCAAUCCCUUGUUUUGUAUUUUCUUAAACUCCUGAUCCCUGCUCCAGGUUUCUAACUUUGUAACUUGCUUCUGAUGUGAGUCCCUACCUGUUAUGGUGUCCCUGCCCUGGGCUAAAGGGCACACCCAUUCCCUCUCCAUCCUCCAUUAUGGGGGUCUCUCACACAGCUCUUGGGACCAUGCUGACACUUUGUCCUCCCUCUCCCUCCAGGAGCCCCCAGCAUGCCCUGACCUGUGCAUAAGGGGUGGGGGACAGCUCCUGUCCAUCUCCCCACAUAUCCCAUUAAACCAUCUGAUAACAUAGAUGAAUAAAAAUGGUAAAACU